AUGUUGAGAUUCAACAGAUUUUCCCUGAGAUCGGGUGCGUUGGCCACCAGGCAAAUAAGAACUUUUUCACAAUACAAACCAUUAAGAAGUGGAGACAAGCAUAGUGAACAUGGGCAUGAGCAUGAACAUGAUCAUGAUCAUCAUGACCAUGGUGAAGAAGUCAUUACUGAAGCUGAGGGUAUUUCAAACGGUCCAUAUACCUUUGCUUUUGGUGUUGGUGCUGUAUUGUUUACAGGAUACUAUGUUUUUAAUGAGAAAUUUAAAUCUCAAAGCGGUUAUUCAUUAACUUCAAAUGUUUUACAGCCAGUAACUUCAGAAAAGGAAAUUAUUGAUUCGAAUAAGGUCCAUGAAGAUGGUGUGAAAAAGCUCGUUGCUGAGAAGGAAGCUCUUACUUUACCACCACCAGAGAAAUUGUUCAUGGACUAUAAUUCUGUACGCGGUGUUCCAAGAGGUUCUCCAACCAACUAUAUACCUGGAUUAUCCAUAGAUGUUGAUAAUAUUGCACCAAGAAGAAAACCAAAAAGUAUUUUCGACUGA